AUGUCGUCCAAGCGAACUAUCCUCAUCACUGGCUGUUCUGACGGCACUCUGGGCUCCGCUCUCGCCCUCCAAUUCCACAAAGCCGGAUGGCGCGUCUUUGCAUCAGCUCGAACUCUAUCAAAGCUCACCCUAGUGAGGGAUGCAGGCAUUGAAACAGUACUUCUCGAUACUCUCUCCGACGAGUCUAUCCAAAAAUGCGUCGCGCAGGUUCGAGAGAUGACCGGUGGCUGUCUGGAUGCGCUCUUGAAUAACGCCGGUGCCGCAUACUCGAUGCCGCUGAUGGAUGUCGAUGUCGCCAAGGCCCGAGAACUAUUUGACUUGAACGUUUGGUCGAUCCUCAAUGUCACCCGUGCAUUCCUGCCGCUCCUCAUGAAGUCCACGCAUGAAUGCGGGGCGCUGCUGGUGAACCAUACAUCGGCAGGAUCGGUGACGGCCGGCACAGUCCCCUUCUCCGGCGCAUACAGCGCCUCCAAAGCAGCGGCGGCGAGCCUGACCGAGACGCUGAGGCUGGAGCUCGAACCAUUCGGUGUUAGAGUGGUCAACCUGAUGACUGGCUCGGUGCGUUCGAGAUUUUUCGAGAAUGCCCCAGUGCCCGUGCUGCCCGAGACUUCGCUGUACAAUGUUGCCAAGGAGACCGUUGAGGAGUUCAUGUCUGGGGCGGAGACUGCUAAGAACGCUACUGACCCGGAUGAGUGGGCGAGCCAGGUUGUCGGCGACCUGAGCAAGCAGAACCCGCCGCAUUGGGUCUGGCGAGGCAGGUUCUCGACAAUUGUGAGGCUGGCUUCGCACUUGCCGGUCGGGGUUUUGGAUAGUUCGAUGAAGAAAAUGGUCGGGUUGGAUGUUGUGCAGAGAGAGUAUAAGCGGCACGAAGCAGCUUAG